UUAUCAUUUUUUGGCUAUUAGGGUGAGAGCGCCUAGGUGGUUCGUGGUGUUCUGUGGGUUAUGUAGGGAAGGCGUUGUGUAAGGAUUCUGCGACAGUUGUUCUAUGGUGGUUCUUCAUUCUUUGACAAGGUGGCCAUGCCCUUAUUCGAUAGGGGUUUUCGGCUCUUCGGUGCAUGUAAAACCCUUCCAUCCGCGCGUCACCGCCGUAUGGACGGGCUUUAAGUGCAUGCAGUCCGCAAAAGCCUAGAGCAUCUGCAGUUAGCCUUCGAGACUCGUUUUUUGUUGCCCAGAGCGCGCAAGGCUGGCAAAGUCGAACAGGCGCGCGUAGAGGUACGAGCUGUAGGUGUUCUGCGGUUCGCCGGGGCGUGGCUUUGAGCACCAAUCGACGACGGGCACAUCGAGGCACAUUACCUAGAACCCCAAGUGUGCAUCAUCGAAACCGCCUGUGAGGAUUUGCCAAUUGCUUUGCAUGCCGUAAUGUGGCCGUAACCACUGUGACUGUCACGUUUAGUAUCACGUGCGCCCAACCAGGAAUGCAGUAACCUGUGGUUAGCUGCAGGGAUAUUAUUUGGGCAUGAUUUGAGUACAGCCACAGAAGGAACGCUACAAAUGCUAAAGUUAUCUAAUUCAAUGGCUAUGAGCGCUCUCAACCGCUAACGUCUGCUUCGAGUUCAGCAAAAAGGCCCGCAAUGAUGCCGAAGAAGAGAGAAGCCAAGGAUGAAGACGUCGACGUGCUUGGUCUGCUUCCACCGCACAAGCGGCACAAGAAGCACAAGCACAAGAAGCACAAACGCAAGCGCGGUGGCACGGAUCAAGAAGAAGAAGCUCCAUCGCCGCCCGCGAGCCCGCAGAGUGGAGACGGCAGCAAGCCUGCAUUGAAGCUCAAAAUUAAGAUCGGCGGCCAGCAGGCGCUGGAGAAGAACGUGACUAGGGCGGACGAGCCGAGUAGUCACAGCGAGGACGAAGAAGAGGCCUGGCUCGAGGCCUUGGAGUCUGGUCGCCUCGAAGAGGUAGACGACGAGCUUCGCAAGAUGAAGGACCCUACGCUAAUGACAGCUCGCCAGCGGGCGCUGCUCGAGAGCAAGUCGAAGGACAAGGACGAAGACGGCCCCGUUCAGGUGGAGCCCAUCAAGGAGAUGACUGAAGAGAUGAUCCAGCGUAGAAUGCAGCGUGCCAAGAAGCGCAAGCAGCAGGCCGAAGAAAAAAAGGAAAAAGACAAGAAGCAGACCAUUGAGCGGCUGCUCAAGAAGUCAGAAUCUCGGCUCCGGGCCAGCAAGAAGCCAGCUAAGAAGGCAGACACACCCAAGGUAUCGCUGCUGCGGAGCAGUGAGGCUGGCACGUUGCUAAUGUUUCCAGCUGGCCUCCCAUUCCCUCUAGCACCUGCUGCGGCUCCCCGCGAGUACCCACAGAAGGCACUGUGCAGCAUCAAGGGCUGCCCGAAUCCAAAAAAGUACUCCUGCUCUAAAACAGGAGUGUCCCUCUGCAGCCUGGAAUGCUACAAGGCAAACAUGCUACAGAUGUGCGUGUGAGUUGUGUCCUCAAGGAUAAACACGGUGUUGUCCAAAACAA